AUUUUUGCCAGUCUGUCAACAUGUCCAACUCCAAUAUUAAAACCUAAAAGCCUUCAAAACUCCACCACCACCACCACCUCCCCACUCCCCCACCCCACACCAACUCAUUCCGGCGACCCUCUCCGCCACCACUUUUUCCGGCACCAUAUACCGCAACCUAGAUCCGGCACCCUUUUAUGUCUUCUAUCGCCAUGAAAGUAUAAACAAGGGGUUAAAGUACAAUUUGCGAGUUAGUUAGCUCAUAUUUCAAUAGGGCUUUUAUCAUGAUGGAGACCAGGCUUCACCACAACAGCUCCUCGUGUUUUCACAAGCAAGAAGAGCUCUCCGCCGGAACGUCGCCGGAGAAUGGAGUUGAGUCACCGUUGUCCGGCGAUGAAGCCCCGGAAGUUAGCACCCCGUCCCCUAGGAAAAGGAGAGGCGCACAGAAGAGGGUGGUUUCCGUGCCGGCCGGCGACGGAGACGGAUCACGGAGUAAAUCCGAGGUUUAUCCUCCGCCGGAUUCUUGGUCGUGGCGAAAGUACGGCCAAAAACCCAUUAAAGGCUCCCCUUAUCCCAGGGGAUAUUAUCGAUGUAGCAGCUCAAAAGGAUGUCCAGCUAGAAAACAAGUUGAGCGCAGCCGCCUGGACCCCACCAUGCUCCUCAUCACCUACUCCUCUGAGCACAACCACCCUCACCCCACCAAAAUCCACCACCACUACGCCGCCGGCACCGGCACCGGCGCCGGCGCCGCCACUUCUUCCUCUUCCGCCGCCACGACGCCGACUGAUUCCGCUGCGGACCCCGGCUCGCCGCCCAAGCCGGCUCCCAAGGAGGAGCUGCCCAUCUUCGCCAACCCGGACCCGGAGAACAACGACACCUUCCCGGAGCUCGCCGGCGGCGAGAUGGGGUGGUUCUCCGACGUGGGGCCCUGCUGUUUUAUGGAGAGCGCCACGGCGGUUGCGGGACCCACGCUGUGCCAUGACACCGACGUGGCGCUCACGUUGCCUAUUAGGGAGGAGGACCAGUCGUUGUUCGGCGAUCUGGGCGAGCUGCCGGAGUGUUCGGUGGUUUUCCGGCGGUGUAGAGUGGAAACGCCGUGCUAUGCCGGCACCGGAUAAGAUUAUUGGGAUGGGACAUUGUUAGGGAGUCAGAUUUUCACGGCGAAGAAUAAAAUUCUGCCACGUGGCACCCCUGUUACGCCACAUUAUGCGGAGAGAUUUUUAACUCUUAGUGGACAAUUUUCUCUUUUUAUUUUAUUUUAUUUUAUUUUUAUUUUUAUUUUUGUAAAGAUCUUGUAAUAUUUGAAAAAAAUGAAAAAAGAAAAAAAUAAUACUUGCAAUGCUUUUCUUUGAGAACUAA